UCCCCAACCUUUUUUCCCCUUAUUUUCACUUCUCUUUUUCUCCGUUUUAUUCUCCGACGGAAUCUACCUGUUUCUCUCUCUAUUGCUUUCUCCGUUUAAUUUUCCCGACGAGUUUCACGGCGUUGCUCUCUCUAUCUCUGUGUAUAAGUAUCACUCUCUCCUACGGUCGGAUGGCCGGAAUCUUGGCUAAUGAGAAUUCCGGUCGCCGGAAUUAGGUUUUUCCCGGUCAUCUGGGAUGACGAAGGUGGUUUAUGAGGGAUUCAUGGUCAGAUAUGGCCGGCGCAAGAUCGGACGGUCAUUCAUCCACAUGCGUUACUUUGUUCUCGAGCCCAGGCUCCUCGCUUAUUACAAGAAGAAGCCCCAAGACAACGUGGUUCCAAUUAAGACACUUUUAAUAGAUGGAAAUUGCCGGGUUGAGGAUAGGGGGUUGAAGACACACCAUGGGCAUAUGGUUUAUGUUCUAUCUGUCUACAAUAAGAAAGAGAAGUACCAUCGGAUAACGAUGGCUGCAUUUAACAUCCAGGAUGCUCUUAUUUGGAAAGAGAAGAUUGAGCUUGUUAUUGAUCAGCAUCAAGGGUCAUUGAUGGCCAACGGGAGCAAGCCAUAUGUUUCAUUCGAAUACAAAUCAGGCAUUGAUAAUGAACGGGCAGCUUCCUCUUCAGAUCGUGAAAGUCAGUUCAGUGCACAGGAGGAUGAAGAAGAGAGUCAUCCAACUUUGCUCAGGAGAACAACUAUAGGGAAUGGCCCUCCUGAGUCAGUUCUUGAUUGGACACAUGAGUCUGAGUCAGGGUUGUCUAAUCACAAUAACAGUGAUCAAGUUUUCUCAAGGAAGCAUUGGCGUCUAGUUCGGUGCCAGAAUGGGUUGCGAAUAUUUGAGGAGCUGCUUGAAGUUGAUUACCUUCCGAGAAGCUGUAGUAGAGCAAUGAAGGCUGUAGGAGUGGUGGAUGCAACAUGUGAAGCAAUAUUUGAGCUUGUGAUGGGCAUGGAUGAGACACGGUUUGAGUGGGACUGCAGCUUCCAAUAUGGAAGUUUAGUGGAGGAGGUAGAUGGGCAUACUGCCAUUCUUUAUCACAGGCUUCAACUGGACUGGUUUCGAAUGUUUGUGUGGCCGCGGGAUCUAUGCUAUGUACGUUAUUGGCGUCGUAAUGAUGAUGGAAGCUAUGUUGUGUUAUUUCGGUCAAGGGUGCAUGAAAGAUGUGGCCCGCAGCCAGGAUUUGUACGCGCUCAUAUUGAGAGUGGUGGUUUUAAUAUCUCUCCUUUGAAAUCUCGUACCGGAGAACCUCGAUCCCAAGUUCAACAUCUUAUGCAAAUUGAUCUAAAGGGAUGGGGUGUGGGUUACUUCCCAUCUUUUCAACAACAUUGCCUACUCCAAAUGUUAAAUAGUGUUGCUGGGUUGCGGGAAUGGUUUUCUCAAAGGGAUGGAAGUCAUGCAGGGCCACGCAUCCAUGUGAUGGCCAAUAUGGCUCAGGAUUCUGUAUCAUCCAAGAGAGGUCAAAAAGGUCGGCAGUCCUCUGUCCGAUCCAGUCUAUUACUGGAUCAAACUCCAACAACUGGUGGAAAUACAGCAUUGCUAGAUGAAGAAUCUGAGGAUGAUGAAGAAUUGCAGAUUCCCGAUCAAGAGGCCUACUCUGUAAGACCUGAAACUGAAGAAAAACGCACAGUCAUAGAGGAGGAAGCAACAAACCAAAUUGAUUUAUCAUGUUUUUCUGGGACACUGAAGCGAGAUGAUCGGGACAAUAGUCGCGACUGUUGGAGAAUCUCUGAGGGGAAUAACUUCCGUGUCCGAAGCAAACACUUUCCAUUUGACAAAAGCAAGAUUCCUGCUGGAAAGCCCCUGAUGGAGCUUGUGGCACUUGACUGGUUUAAGGAUAUUAAGCGAAUGGACCAUGUUGCAAGGCGUAAAGGCUGUGCAGUACAAGUUGCCUCGGAGAAGGGAUUGUUCUCAUUGGCUGUUAAUUUGCAAGUGCCAGGAUCAACACAUUACAGUAUGGUUUUCUAUUUUGUAACAAAGGAAUUAGUGCCUGGUUCACUCCUGCAGCGCUUUGUUGAUGGUGAUGAUGAAUUUCGUAACAGUAGACUGAAACUCAUCCCAUCUGUACCCAAGGGGUCAUGGAUUGUGCGGCAAAGCGUUGGUAGUACACCCUGUUUAUUAGGGAAAGCAGUUGACUGCAAUUAUAUUCGUGGACCGACGUACCUAGAAAUAGACGUUGAUAUAGGUUCAUCAACUGUUGCCAAUGGAGUGCUUGGGCUGGUAUGUGGUGUUAUAACUACGUUGGUGGUAGACAUGGCCUUCCUCAUUCAGGCAAACACUCUUGCGGAGCUGCCUGAGCGCCUCAUUGGGGCUGUACGUGUCUCUCAUGUCGAGCUAUCAUCGGCAAUUGUUCCUAAACUCGAUGUAGAACCUGAGGCUGAUGUCAGCCAAUAAUGGAGACGAUGCCCCUUCAACACCAAUUUUUCGAAAUAAGCUCUGCAAUUGUGUUUGCCCUCCUGUAAAAAGAUUGAUAAUUUAGCUAGCCA